GUGGAGAAGUUGCGAGAGGAAAUGAAGGAAGCUAUGUGGGCAAACAUUUCCGCAUGGGAUUUAUGACAAUGCCUGCUCCUCAGGACAGACUGCCGCAUCCUUGCUCUAGUGGCUUUACCGUGAGAUCUCAGUCUCUUCAUUCGGUUGGGGGUACUGAUGAUGAAAGCAGUAGCUGCUCUCGUAAACAACCUCCACCAAAACCUAAACGAGAUCCCAACACCAAACUGAGCACCUCAUCUGAAACGGUCAACUCUGGAACAAGUAAGAGUGGGAAACUACCGGACAAGACUGAAGCAUCGGCCAAACCAAGACCUCACAGUGAUGAAUAUACCAAGAAGAUCCCUCCUCCUAAGCCUAAACGAAAUCCAAACACUCAGCUAAGCACAUCAUUUGAUGAAACAUACAUCAAAAAGCAUGGCCCCAUGAAGACAACACUCACUAGCGAUGCCUCUUUAUCGCAAGUCAGCAGUCCUGCCCCAGACACAGAAGAAGAAGAGCCUGUUUAUAUUGAAAUGGUUGGGAAUAUACUAAGAGACUUCAAGAAAGAUGAGGAUGACCAAAGUGAAGCAGUCUAUGAGGAGAUGAAAUACCCUAUAUUUGAUGAUGUAGGCCAAGAUUCAAAGUGUUCAUGUGAAUAUGACCAUCACAGUUGUUCUUCUCAGUGUGCUACUCCCACAGUGCCUGACCUAGAAUUCACCAAGUCCUCAGUGCCAUCUACUCCCAAGGGCUUGCUUUGUGAUAUCCCCCCACCAUUUCCAAAUCUACUUUCUCAUAGACCUCCACUACUGGUGUUCCCACCAGCACCAGUGCAGUGUUCCCCAAAUUCUGAUGAGUCUCCUCUAACUCCACUGGAAGUCACAAAGCUUCCUGUAUUAGAAAAUGUGUCUUACAUCAAACAACAAGCUGGAGCUUCUCCAUCUUCACUGCCACCUCAUACACCGGGCCAUCAAAAACUGGAGAAAGACCAGACAGUAUCUCAUGGAACUACUACUCCUGGGCACUCCUCCUCACCUCCUCAUCCUUCUACCUUAUACAGAACACAGUCUCCGCAUGGCUACCCUAAAAGUCACUCUGCCUCACCCUCUCCUGUCAGUAUGGGUAGGUCUCUUACCCCCUUAAGCCUCAAAAGACCUCCACCUUAUGACUCUGUACAUUCAGGAAGUCUCUCAAGAAGUUCUCCAUCAGUGCCUCAAUCUACAGCCAGAAACACGUUGCAAGAAGGGGGAAAGAUGGUAAAUGCCUCGGUCAAUACCUACGGGUCAUCAUCACAAAGUGGUUCACGUUCUAGAACACCGACCAGUCCUUUAGAGGAACUAACCAGCCUCUUUACCUCAGGACGAAGUUUACUGAGGAAGUCGUCCAGUGGCAGAAGAUCUAAAGAGCCUGCAGAGAAACCAUUAGACGAGUUGAAGAUCAGAAGCCACAGUACUGAACCACUACCAAAGUUGGAAAACAAAGAAAGAGGAGGUCACCAUGGGACAACUUCCUCCAGGGAGCCAAUAAAAGCUCAGGAAUGGGAUGGAACACCAGGACCACCCGUUUUGUCCAGUAGACUGGGAAGAUCCUCUGUUAGUCCGACGAUGUUGGCAGGAAACAGCAGCUCAGAGCCUAAAGCAAGCUGUAGAUUAGGUCGAUCUGCAUCCACAUCAGGUGUGCCUACUCCAUCAGUUACUCCUCUCAGGCAAGCCAGCGAUCUCCAGCCCAGCCAGUUCCUGGGAGCCCCGCUCGUGGGCCAAGACCCCAUUCUGCUAGGAGCUGUACAAACACAGUCCCAAAGGCCUCACAAUCUAAGUACAAGACAAGAGACAGCAGGUGGAUACUGAGGGAAUUUGAUGGGUGACAUGUAUGCAGUGGUUGCAUGGGGA